CUCUGGCGGUGUCGGUGCCUAUCCCCCACCAAGGGAACCUCAACUUUUUGAGACCUGGUCUGGCCAGCUGGAGACGUCACACUAUCAUCCCACACACUCUCGUUCAUGGUAGCCUUUCGCUACCAAAAGCUGACAACCUCACGCCCCUUAGGCCAUAUAAAUAUCGCUGGUCGAAGCAUCUUCUUUACGUGUCUUUCAUAGCUUCUCGAUUCCCCUGCGGCUCCCCCGAACAGCCUUCCCGACACUACCGUCUCCUGACCGCGAAAUACCACCACGACGAUGGCGUCCCUAGCGACGCUUGUGCCUCUGGCCAUUCUGAUAGCUCUACCUCUAAUAGGCGGACUUCUACGACGGGUCCUAGGAUGGUCGCUUCGAAAACGAACAGAAGGUCGUCACGCACAUCUUCUGGCCCUCAUGACACAGGAGGAUAAAGAUGCCCGCGCCAAGGACCCUCAAGGCACCGCAGCGACGAAACUCGUAUUCGACGUCGACGAUAAUCUUCAAAGCACUCUGAGCUCGCAAAAGGAUUGGUCUGGGAUCGUUGGUUUCUUCCAUCCGUUCUGCAAUGAUGGAGGUGGCGGAGAGCGAGUGCUCUGGGCCGCGAUUCGGGCCACACAAGAUCGUUGGCCGAAAGCCAAAUGUGUGGUGUACACAGGCGAUCACAAUGUGACAAAAGAUGCGAUCCUGAAUCGAGUCAAGACGAGAUUCAAUAUUGAGCUUCAUGCUCCUACGAUAACGUUCCUCUACCUUUCCAAGCGGGACUGGGUACUCCCCUCGACAUGGCCUCACUUUACGCUGCUGGGCCAAUCAAUCGGCUCGGUCGUUUUGGCUUGGGAUGCAUUCUCACUACUGGUCCCGGACGUCUUUGUCGACACGAUGGGCUACGCCUUCGCUCUCGGUCUAUGCAAGUUUCUCUUCCCCAAGGUUCCGACAGGGGCAUAUGUGCACUAUCCUACGAUUUCUACCGACAUGCUCGACUCGCUCGAUUCAACGGCUGCCUCGGGAACUCAGGGCGCGCAUGCUGGUAAGGGUGCUGGAGCUCAGGGUUUCGCCAAGAAGAAUUACUGGAAACUUUUUGCCCUUCUGUACUCCUGGGUCGGCUCAACGGUUGAUAUUGUCAUGACGAACUCGACCUGGACUCAAGGUCACAUCAAGAGCCUAUGGGGCCCCUAUCGCAAACAGAAGAGCAAGACAGAUCCGAUCGCAGUUGUCUACCCUCCCACCGCUGUCCGAGAAAUGGAGCGCGAGGUCGAAGUUUCCGAAGAAAGUGAGAAGCGACGAGAAAAAGCCAUUGUCUACCUCGCCCAGUUUCGACCAGAAAAGAACCACCAGCUCAUCAUGCGGUCAUUCGCUACCUUCCUUAAGACCAAGAGCGAGGCAUCCAAGGGAGCACAGCUGAUUCUCAUCGGAAGCGUGCGAGACGACUCAGACUCAAAGCGUGUUUACGAGCUGCGACUUCUUGCCAAUGAGCUUGGCAUCAAAGACAGUGUCAAGUUCCACCUCGAUGCCCCAUGGUCAGAUGUUCUGGACUGGUUAAGAAGAGCAUCUGUGGGUGUCAACGGCAUGUGGAAUGAGCACUUCGGAAUUGGUGUCGUUGAAUACCAAGCUGCUGGACUCAUUUCCGUGGUUCACGACAGUGCUGGGCCCAAAUUCGAUAUCGUCGUGCCAAUCGAUGGCCAGCCAACUGGUUUUCACGCAACGACAGAAGAAGAAUUCGCAGAGGGCUACGAGAAGGCUUUGUCACUACCAGAUCCUCUGGCAGUUCGCCUGCGUGCACGAGAGUCGGCAAAGAGAUUCACCGAGGAGGAGUUUGCAAGGAAGUGGACGGUUCAGAUGGCACGUUUGGUGUCACUUGCGAAACAAAAAGCGUAGAAUUUUUGGAGAUAGACUAAGGAUACCCCUUUUCUAAGAUUCUAGCGAGAGAAGUGACAGCUUAGAGAAAUUAAUAUAGCAAGCACAAGGCUUGGGCAUGAUCUAGUCAAUGUUCUAUAUUGUAUGUUGUGUCCCUCUAGAAGUGUUGAUCGCUCAAUCAGGAAUAUAACCAUGGAUGCUUCCAUCUCUUCCUGUGCUGUCUACAAUGUCACACCGCCACUGUUCUUCUGUCUAGGCUCAGGCGCAACCUCAAAAACACCAGCCGAAUCCCUCGUCAACGCUUGAACUGUACUGAGUCCCUCAUCGACCCAAGUGAUAUUAUGCCCUCGCUCUACCAGCGAUGGAACAUCGUAUGAACUGAACUUCUUCUCCACGAGUAGUGUAUUCGGGAUGAGCUGGUUGUGAACACGGGGCUCACGAACAGCAUCCUUGAUAGGCCGUGAUGGAGAUGUC